AUGGCUUUACCAAAAUCGAAGACUUUAACGAAUGCACGUUUCCGUAAAAUAUGUAUCCUUUCAGAUGCAGACGGUGGCCCUUCACUUGGUGCCUUCAACUCUGGAAUUGAACUUGUCCAAACUAAAUAUAGUGGGACCUAUUGUGUUUGUAAGAAGUUUAAAGCCGACGAUGUCGCCCGGGGAUACGCUGCGCGGGAGAUCGACAUCCUCCGCCGUCUUUCCGGCCCUGAUAACAUUAACGCAUUCGUUGACUACUAUUUGAAACCUGCAACCCGCGAGGCUGCCGUUUUCUCGCGUUUCUGCGACUGUGGAAACUUAUGGUAUUUAAUCAAGAGAUACAAGCAUGACAACCGAUCUUUCCCAGAGAGCUUCGUCUGGCACGUUUUCAUCUCCCUCGUCAAUGCAAUUGCUCACAUGCAUCACGGCGGAGGUGGAAAUACAAACUGGAACUGGGUUAUACAUCGUGAUUUAUGGCCGGCUAAUGUUUUCUUAGGUAAGCUUGAUCCAGAUGUAUAUCCGCGAGUAGUCCUCGGUGAUUUUGGUUCCAGCAUAACCAGAGAUGAAACAAGGAACCGGCAUCAGAUCGAACUGAGAAACCAAGAUAACUUCGCACCUCUACCUCACGACCAAUUUCAUGUCGAUGGGAGAAAUGAUGUAUUUCAAAUUGGAUUGAUCAUCGUAGCUAUGUGCAAACUUACCCAGCAUCCGAAGGAACACGAUUCAACAUUUACCAAGUCGCCAGCCGGGUCGACUUACUCACUUAGACUCAACGAGCUGUUGAGUAUGUGCCUAACAGUAAACAUGUUAAAUAGGAUAAACACAAUGUCUUUAAAGCGACUGUUGGACAGAGAGAGAAGGCGUGUAACUCAAGAUAACAAUCGUAGGCUGUAUCUAAAGCUGGGAUAUGUUGAUGUUAGGGGGUUAUUUGAUUGGAGAAACCUGGUGUUUCUAGAAUAA